CGUCUCUCCUUUUCUUUUAAUUUUUUUUCUAGUCCUUAUUUGAUUUCACAAGUCUCAUAUGAUUUCCCGGUUCUCAAGCAUCGCUACGUUAAAGACUACGUUAUUACCUGCCAUUGUACGAUCACAAAGUCGAGGCUAUGCAGGCGUUGUCAUGUCCAAUUUUGACUCACAGCAACAUACCAUCAACUAUCAACGAUUGCAAGACAAUCUGGCCAUCGUCUCACAAAGGUUAAAUCGCCCAUUGACAUUAUCGGAAAAGAUUUUAUAUGGUCAUUUGGAUGAUGCGGAAAACCAGGAGAUCGAACGUGGAACGUCUUAUUUGAAGUUACGGCCGGAUCGAGUAGCACUGCAAGAUGCGACUGCCCAAAUGGCUCUCUUGCAGUUCAUGUCGGCUGGAUUAGACAAGGUAGCUCGACCCACCACAGUUCAUUGUGAUCAUCUCAUUCAGGCCCAAGCGGGACAUCAUCGUGAUCUGGCUCGAGCCGAAGACAUGAAUAAGGAAGUAUAUGACUUUUUGUCAUCGGCAUGCGCAAAGUACGGGAUUGGAUUCUGGAAACCUGGGUCAGGUAUCAUUCAUCAAAUUCUGCUCGAGAAUUACGCUUUCCCUGGUGGUCUCAUGAUCGGAACCGAUUCUCACACUCCGAACGCGGGAGGACUCGGCAUGGCCGCCAUCGGUGUAGGCGGGGCCGACGCAGUUGAUGUGAUGGCGGGAAUGCCCUGGGAACUCAAAUGCCCCAGAGUCAUCGGUGUCAAACUAACAGGCCAAUUGUCCGGUUGGACAUCCCCAAAAGAUGUGAUUCUCAAGGUGGCUGACAUGUUGACGAUCAAAGGAGGUACAAAUGCUGUAAUUGAAUACCACGGUCCUGGCGUCGACGCUAUUUCGUGUACAGGCAUGGCCACGAUCUGCAAUAUGGGUGCCGAGAUUGGUGCAACCACGUCGAUUUUCCCAUACAAUCAUCGUAUGCGAGAUUUCUUGCGUGCAACCCGUCGUGAAAAGAUAGCCGAAGCCGCUCAAUCGUUUAGCCAUCAUCUGAAACCCGAUGCGGGAGCUGAAUAUGACGAGCUCAUUGAAAUUAACCUGGAUACCCUGGAACCCCACAUUAACGGACCUUUUACGCCCGAUCUUGGCCAUCCCAUCUCCGAGUUCAAACGACGCGUCAAACGCCAAGGUUGGCCCAUCAACUUGAGUGCCGCUUUGAUUGGCUCGUGUACCAAUUCGUCUUAUGAAGACAUCACUCGAUCGGCCUCCAUUGUUCGUCAAGCUACCGAAAAAGGUCUCAAAGUGAAAACACCCUUCCUUGUCACUCCCGGAUCAGAACAACUUCGUGCGACCUUGGAAAGAGAUGGUCAUUUAGAAGUCUUGGAUGAAACUGGGGCCAUGACCCUCGCCAAUGCAUGUGGACCUUGUAUUGGACAGUGGGAUCGUCGCGAUGUUCCCAAAAACGGCCCCAACUCUAUUCUCACUUCUUACAAUCGAAACUUUGCCGGACGCAACGAUGCCAAUCCCAACACACACGCUUUUGUCGCAUCGCCCGAGAUUGUUACGGCAAUGGCGUUUGCUGGCAAAUUGACAUUUAACCCCGUGACUGAUUGUUUGGUGGGCGCGGAUGGGAUUCCGUUCAAGUUCCAGCCUCCUCAAGGCGACGAAUUGCCAUUGAAAGGAUACGAUACCGGGGCCGAUACUUAUCAGGCGCCACCCAAGAAUGGUCAAGAUGUGGCGGUAAACAUCGAUCCUCAUUCCAACCGAUUGCAGCGAUUAGCCCCUUUUCCGAAGUGGGAUGGGGAGGAUAUCAAAGAAGUGCCAAUUCUGAUUAAGGUCAAGGGCAAAUGCACGACCGAUCAUAUUUCCAUGGCUGGACCAUGGUUAAAGUACCGCGGCCAUUUGGAUAAUAUUUCCAACAACAUGCUGAUUGGAGCGGUGAAUGCGGAAAACGAGACGACCAACAGUGUACGCAACAUCUUUUCCAACGCCAUGGGAACCGUACCCGAAACCGCGCGCGAUUACAAGGCACGAGGAGUACGCUGGGUCAUUGUGGGCGAAGAAAACUACGGUGAAGGCUCAUCGCGUGAACAUGCCGCUCUUGAACCGCGUUUCCUGAACGGAGCGGCCGUCAUUGUUAAAUCGUUUGCGCGUAUCCAUGAAACGAAUUUGAAGAAGCAAGGUAUGCUGCCAUUGACAUUUGUGGACCCAAAGGACUACGACCUUGUCAACCCCACGGAUAAAGUCAGCAUCCUUGGUGUGAGCACCAUGACCCCCGGUUCCCAAUUGACCCUUUGCUUGCACAAGCAAGAUGGCCAAACCCGUCAUAUACCCCUUCGUCACACAUUUAAUCAAGACCAAUUGAAAUGGUUCCGAGCAGGUUCAGCAUUGAAUGCCAUGAAACUGUCGUUGUAAAUUCUGUUGUAACAAAAAGAUCAAGCCAAAAAGUUGGAUACAUUGUAUAUUUGUCAUAUCUUUGAAUAGAUGGGAGACGUGGGAUCCGUGGGAACAAAAUGGCCCAAUGCGUGGGUUUGCUCUUUCUUUUUUCUCGAAAUUUUUGGAUGUGCAUGGGGUUUGGUGAUUGGAUGGAAUGCGACAGUCAAAUAAGAUUCGUCCAAGUUUUUUUU